AGGGUCAAAUAAGCCCCUCUACUAUUCUGAAAACAUCACUUAGACCCGCCUACUAAAUAAAGUGUCAGCAUGCCACCCGUACUAUUAAAAUACGGUCAUAUAAGUGCAAAUGACCGAACCCUGACUUAAACUAGCUGGUGUCUGCCUACGUGGAGGUCGUUGUUGCCGAAACCAGAAUUUUUAUCCACGUAAUAUCCCAUUUCAAUAGCUCUGUGUUUUCUGGCUAGGUUUGUUUGACAAACAAAUUCGUUUCCGACGAAAUCCUACAUGGCUGUGAAGAAGGGAAUGGUGAGGAUAUAUAACUCACCAUCUAGCUAGGGUUUAGACAUACAUCAGAGGCUGGUCGUCAUCAGAAUCGGAUUUCAACAUACCUAAGGGAUUCAAGGAGACACGGCUAACGAUUUAGUGAUUUGGACUGCCAAAAACUAAAAUGUUUGAGACCGCAGAAUUAAGAAUACACCAUGGUGGAAUUUUCAGAAAAGUACCCGAACUUGCAUAUGUGGGUGGUGAGGUUGGUAUUGUACGACUCGACCCAGAUUUAAUUUCAUACCCUCACCUCAUGAAGUCCAUCACAGAGGAUACUUAUAAGAAGGUUGAGUCCUUGUCUUUUAAAUCACCUGAGGACAAUUUCAAAAUGUUAAAACCAUUAUGGAAUGAUGCAUCAACCAUGGAGCUGAUAGAGAUGGUAAUGAAGUGGGGCACAGUUGAUGUAUAUGUUGAGCAUGGAAUUGAUGAGCCUGAUUUCAUCCCUUUAUUACCCCUGACAUCAACAACAGAAGUGCAAACAGAACUGCAGGUGGAAAAAGAGCCACCAAAUGGGGUUGAACCACAAGCUGAAAUGCACAUUGAUGCCCCACAUAGUCA